AAGGGCUUCUGUUUUGGGCCUGCCAUCAUGACGAGCAGCAGCAGGUCCUCGAUCGAGGUGGUUUCUUCGACUGAUAGUUUCAACUAUCAAGUAAAGCAGGAAAGCUCUUUAGAAGAGAGUAGUUCCAAAGGAGGAGGCAAGACCACCACGGUUGGAGCGAUGGCUAACCUGGUUAUGAUCUGUAUUGGUAUUGGUAUACUAGGCUUACCUCUCGUUAUGCAACAGGCAGGAUGGAUAGGUGGUUACGUGCUGUUAUUCCUCGCUGGUUUAUCAUCAUUAUGGAUGGGGAAACAUCUCGCUGAUGCCUGCCAGGCCUAUGCUUCGACUGAUUCUCAUGGCAAUCGAGUAUUCCCUUCCUACCAGUCCUUGGGGUAUAUGACUUACGGCACUAUUGGUAGAGCCUCCGUUAUAGUUACUAUGGAUAUUUUUAUGCUUGGUCUCUGUGUUGUACUACUCGUAUUGUUCGCUGAUAAUACCCUUAGAAUAUGGCCAGUACUGAAUCGUAGUAGUUGGAUCCUCAUCUAUGCAGCUAUUAUGGUGUUCCUUGUAUGGAUAAGGUCGAUGAGGUUGAUAGCAUGGUUGUCUAUUGGUGGUGUUAUAUCAGUCUUUGCGACUGUUGCUGUGGUACUUGUAGCUGGCUUCAACAGGCUGGCUGCUGGUGGUGGAGAUACGGGUGACCCUAUAACCUAUUCAUUAUUCAAUUUUUCCGAUCUUGGGGCUGCCUUUGGUACCCUUAUGACAUCCUUCGGUUUGACUGCCAUGAUACCAUCGGUAAUGAAUAAUAUGGAAAAGCCCGACAAGGUUGGUGUUUCUCUCUAUGGUGCUUUUGUUAUCAUCUUCUCUGUGUACAUAUGCCUCACUGUAGCGGGUUACGGAGGUUUCGGUAAUUCCAUCGCUAAGUAUGGUGAUAUUGUUACUGCUAUAUCGGGUACAUCAUCUACCCUCAAUGCCCAGGGCUAUGCUAUAAUAAUAUGUAUCCUUAUCCUCUGUGCUUCUCAUUUCCUUGCACUCUUUUUCCCCGUUGCCACUGAUUGCGAGAAGCUAAUCUCGGCUAAGGCGCCUAAGUUCACAGUAUAUGUUGUCAGAACCGUCCUUGUCGGAAUAUGUGCUUUAUUAGCCACUGUUGUACCCGGUGUAACGGACAUGAUAUCUUUGCUCGGAUCAGUGUGUGGCAUGCCCAAUGUUAUGCUGCUGCCCCUGUUGUUUUACUGGAAGGCCUGCCUUAUCAAUGCUCAUGGCAUGAGAGGAAUAUACCAGAAGAGAAUUAUCAAGUUCAUGGCAGAGCUCUUCAUUUUUGCAUUGUCCAUUUUCACAUUCGUUUACGGACUGUAUGGUUCGAUCCACAAUAUCGUGUCCAGAAAAUGAAUAGCGACCGAAGAUUCUUAUUACAGUUUGAGAACAAGAUUGUUCAAUCGUCAGAUGGCCCAAGAGUUCCCCUCACUGGCAUCUAAAGUUUUCCCGUCAAUUCCCUCAAAGGUAUUAUCCUAUUCAAAUUUCAGCUCAUUCAUAGCCGUAGCGAACCAGGUCUU